AUGGAGGUGAGCGACAUCCAGAAAAAAGUUAUGGUCAGAUUUAAGUACUCAAUUUCUUAUGGGAAGGCCUGGAGGGCUAAGCAGAGGACGCUGGAGAAUAGAUUUGGGUCGUUCCUAGACUCGUACGACUGUGUUGUCCGUCUCCUCCAUACAUUACAGGAGAGGAAUCCGGGCACCUAUGUGGACAUCCAAGACUUUUGGAUACCGGAGUUCCCUACUAUCAGGGUUUUGCAUCAAGUGUUAUUCUCUUUCAGUAUAUGCAUUGAAGCUUUCAUUCACUGCCGACCGGUGUUAUGUGUAGAUGGCACGUUUCUCACUGGCAAGUACAAGGGCCAGAUCUUGACCGCCAUUGGAAUGGACGGCAACAAUCAAAUCGUGCCACUCGCAUUUGCUUUUGUGGAGAGUGAGAACACUGAGAGUUGGUUAUGGUUCUUCAGGCAGCUAAAAAUAGUAGUUGUGAAGGAUCGGCCAAAUGUGUGUAUCCUCCAUGACAGGCAUGCAGGUAUACUGACGGCGAUAAAGACACUAAAACAACACGGGCCUGCUGAAGAGAUGCCAUGGCAGGACUUGCAGAGCCGGUGGUGCAUACACCAUUUGGGGGCCAAUUUGUUCUCACAGUUCAGGAGUAAGAUACUUAUGAAUUUGUUCAAAAAGUUGUGCAAGCAGAACCAGGAGUGGAAGUAUACUUAUCUCCGCGACAAGCUUGAUGAGUUCACUAAGGAACAAGUUAAGCAGAGGAAAGCUGCGCGAGAAGCAACAGUAGCAGCUCAUGCAGUAGCAAUAGCAGCACAAGCUACAACAGUACCACCACUCAGAGAGUCAGAACCUGUUGGACUUUGCGACUUGCCUGGAUUUGACCCGCCCAAUACUAGGAGAAAGUUGGGAAGACAGAUUAAGAACUUUGCAGAGUGGAUAAAGCACGAGCCUCUGGAGAGGUGGUCUUUGCUGCACGACACCCAUGGAGUUAGGUACGGCGUCAUGACUACCAAUCUCGCUGAAUCAUAUAACUUUGUCCUCAGAGGAAAUAGGUCAUUGCCACUCACAGCCUCUGUGGAAGAUAUUUUACAUGGCACUCUGAAGUAUUUUAGAGAGAGACGCCAGAUGGCCCAGAUGCAUAUGAUGAACAACCCAAACACACGGUACUGUGAUUCGGUUAUGAAGUACAUGAAUGAGAAGAUGGAAAAGGGUCGGUCACACACUGUCGUUGCCAUCGGUAAUCAGGAAAGGAGGUUUGAGGUGCGCUUACCUACCGACAAGUUUGGCACUGGAAACGUGCUGAGAAUGCACAAGGUGAAAAUAGGAAGUGAUGAUUGGCCAAUGCAGCUAGGGAUGGAUUCAAUCUCGUUUGUCUCCCCCUAUUACCUGAAAGAGUCCGUGCUCAAUACCUGGACCGAUGAGAUGCUGGGAUUUCGAGCUAUUUGUAAUUUCAACACGGUAAUACCAAAUGAAAGGCAGUACAUCCCCGACCCAAGGCUACUGCGGACAAGCAGAGGGACAAGAAUUGUCCCACUUUCUACCCUGGCACUGCUCCUACCCGUGGCCGAGGCAACCGAGGACGAAGAGGAAGAGGCAGAAACUAGCCGAUAUUUUAAUUUGUAA